CGCAGACCCGGAAGCGGAUCGAGCGGAGAAAACAUCAAACCGCGGAGUGUCAGUGUCCGUCUGUCUAGAUUAAAUCUGCGCUUCGCCGUCUUCCGGACUCGGUGCCCGGGGGUUGCUACGGACCUUAAAAUCUCCGCUCCGCCCCAGAAACUUUUCUGGAUCCAAUCACAAAGCAACGUUGACGUGCCCAGCAAGAGCCCAGUUCCCAGCCUCUGAGUCGCUCCAGCCUGCCUGGACUGACUGCUAAAGAUUCAUGAUACAUGAAGAAGCAGCCCAGAAGAGGAGGAAGAGGAAAGAAAAGGAGUCAGGAAUGGCUCUUACUCAGGGACAGCUGACGUUCAGGGAUGUGGCCAUAGAAUUUUCUCAGGAGGAGUGGGAAUGCCUGGAUCCUGCUCAGAGGGCUUUAUACAGGGACGUGAUGUUGGAGAACUACUGGAACCUGGUCUACCUGGGAAUCUCCAGUUUUGACAUGAAUAUCAUCUACAUAUUGGAGGAAGGGAAAGAGCCCUGGACUGUGGAGAGCCAGGUGAAAAUUGCAAGAAAACCACAUAGGUGGGAAGGUACCAAAGGUGCGAUCACAGAUCUCUCUCCUGAAUUUGUUAUCAAGGAUUUACUACCAAAAGGGAAAAAUUUUACAGGAGAAAUAUUCCAAACAGUGAUGUUGGGAAGACAUGGGAACCAUGACAUUGAAGACUUUUCCUUCAGAGAAGUCCAGAAACAUAUAUAUGAUUUUGAGUGUCAGUGGCAAGAUGAUGAAGGAAAUUAUAAAGGAGUGCUUAUGACCCAGAAUGAAAAUAUCACUGGUAGAAAAGAUCAACAUGACAGAAGAAAUGCAGAAAACAAGGAUGUUAACAAUCAGCUUGGAUUAAGCUUUCAUUCACAUCUGUCUGAACUCCAGCUAUUUCAAGAUGAAGGGAAAAUGUAUCAAUGUAAUCAAGUUGGGAACUCUGCCAACUGUGGUCCUUCAGUGUUACCACAAAAACCAAUUUCUUCUCGUGUCAGAACCCACAAUUCUAAAAAGUAUGCAAAGGAAUUUAGCUAUUUUGCAUUACUCACGCAAGGACAAAAAGCAAACAGUUGGGGAAAACCUUACAAAUGUAAUGAGUGUGGCAAGGUGUUCACUCAAAAUUCACACCUUACAAGUCAUAGAAGAAUUCAUAGUGGAGAGAAGCCCUACAAAUGUACUGAAUGUGGCAAAACCUUUAGUGUUCGUUCAAACCUAACUAUCCAUCAGGUAAUCCAUACUGGAGAAAAACCUUACAAAUGUAAUGAAUGUGGCAAGGUCUUCAGUCAGCCUUCAAACCUUGCAGGUCAUAGGAGAAUUCAUACGGGAGAGAGACCUUACAAGUGUAAUGAGUGUGGGAAAACCUUUAGAGGACAUUCAAACUUAACUACCCAUCAGUUAAUCCAUACUGGGGAAAAGCCUUUCAAAUGUAAUGAAUGUGGCAAGCUCUUCACUCAAAAUUCACACCUUGCAAGCCACUGGAGAAUUCAUACUGGAGAGAAACCUUACAAGUGCAAUGAGUGUGGCAAAGCCUUUAGUGUACGUUCAAGCCUAGCUAUCCAUCAGACAAUUCAUACUGGAGAAAAACCUUACAAAUGUAAUGAAUGUGGAAAGGUGUUCAGGUACAAUUCCUACCUUGGAAGGCAUCGCAGAAUUCAUACUGGAGAGAAACCUUACAAGUGCAAUGAGUGUGGCAAAGCCUUUAGUAUGCAUUCAAACCUAACUACACAUCAGGUCAUCCAUUCUGGAAAAAAACCUUUUAAAUGUAAUGAAUGUGGCAAGGUUUUCACUCAGAAUUCACAGCUUGCAAAUCAUCGAAGAAUUCAUACUGGAGAGAAACCUUAUAAGUGUAAUGAGUGUGGGAAAGCCUUUAGUGUGCGUUCAAGCCUAACUACCCAUCAGGCAAUCCAUACUGGAGAGAAACCUUACAAAUGUAUUGAGUGUGGCAAGGGCUUCACUCAAAAAUCACACCUUACAAGUCAUCAGGGAAUUCAUUCUGGAGAAAAACCUUACAAGUGUAAUGACUGUGGCAAAGUCUUCAGUCAGACUUCACAACUUGCAAGACACUGGAGAAUUCAUACUGGAGAAAAACCUUACACAUGUAAUGAGUGUGGAAGAGCCUUUAGUGUUCGGUCAAGCCUAACUCUUCAUCAGGCAAUACAUACUGGACAAAAACCUUACAAAUGUCAUGAAUGUGGCAAGGUCUUUAGGCACAAUUCAUAUCUUGCGACUCAUCGAAGAAUUCAUACUGGAGAGAAACCUUACAAGUGUAAUCAGUGUGGCAAAGCCUUUAGUAUGCAUUCAAACCUAACUACCCAUCAGGUCAUCCAUACUGGAGAAAAACCUUAUAAGUGUAAUGAAUGUGGCAAGGUUUUCACUCAAAAUUCACACCUUGCAAAUCAUCGAAGAAUUCAUACUGGAGAGAAACCUUACAGAUGCAAUGAGUGUGGGAAAGCCUUCAGCGUUCGUUCAACACUAACUACCCAUCAGGCCAUACAUACUGGGAAAAAACCUUACAAAUGUAAUGAAUGUGGCAAAGUAUUCACUCAAAAUUCACACCUGGCAAAUCACCGAAGAAUUCAUACUGGAGAGAAACCUUACAGAUGUACAGUGUGUGGGAAAGCCUUUCGUGUACGUUCAAGCCUGACUACCCAUCAGGCAAUCCACACUGGAGAAAAACGUUAUAAGUGUAACAAAUGUGGCAAGGUCUUCAGGCAAAGUUCAAAUCUUGCAAGUCAUCACAGACUUCACAGUGGAGAGAAACCUUACAAGUGAGUGUGACAGGGUCGUCAGUCACAGUUCACUCCUUUCACAAUAUCAGAGAAUUCAUUCUUGAGGGAAUCCUUACAAAUAUAAUGACUAUGGCCAGUCCCUCCUAAGUUGAACCAUUAAUAGAUACCAAGAGAGCCCAUGAUAGGAAAUAUCAUGUAAAUUUAUGUGGCAGAGGCUUUAUCUAGGCCUCACAGCUCAGUGGGCAUCAAAAUACACAUAAUUGAUAAAACUACACAAAUGCAAUGUGUAUGGCGAUGCCAUUACCCAAUGACCAUAACAAAUGUAAUGUAUAUGAUGAGGCCAUUACCCAGUGGCCAUAAUAACUGUAGAUGAGGAUUCAUGUGAAGAAUAACUCUGUCUCUAAUUUCCCAAUUAAUCUUUGAUAUUUUAUACUGCAGAAUAAUUACAAGUCCAAAUAUGUUAAAAGUUAUGACACUCACAUAUUAAAAGGUCACAGGAUGUUUGUAUGUGGCCUGUUAACUUCAGGUUAUAAAAUGUUUUAUUGAAUUAUUUAAAGUUUCUUGAAAAAAGAGUAGUGAUUAUGAUUUUCAAUCUGAACUUUGAAAUAUGUUGAUAUUAUAUGUCUUUACCCACCUUCCAUGGUGGUUUCUGGGAAAGAAUCAAUAGGAUGUAAGGGCUCAGUUCAUUUGGUGAGGGUUAUUUCUAUCCAAUUUGUAAAGAAGGAGGACUCUACCUUUGAAAAUUAAAUACUGUCUGAAUUAGCAUCUGUGAGGGGCUGAGAAUAAUAUGAAACACUGAUGUCAGUCAUGCUCAUUGUGUUCCGGGUGCCUUUCUCCUGACAGGAGGGCACUGUGGGUUCAAAGAGAAAUGCUCUACCAACUGGCCAUCAAAUGAGCAGGCCAAGACCAUGGGACACUGGCAUUUUUACGGGAGGAGAGUAAUAGGUAAUAGGCACUGGUAGUGUGGUAGAAGUAAUGCAGAGGAAGUGGUGCCCACCUUCUCCAUUGAAUAGCAAUAGCUGUUUUAUAGCAAAAGAUUGAUGGAAAAUUAGUCUUGCUUUUGCAAUUGAAGAUUAUUAAAUAGUUACCAGGGUGAAGAGUUUAUUCGAAAGAACCAGAAUAACAUGUUCUUGAGUAAGACUCAUUAACUGCUGGAAUCACAUUUUGCUUCUGUUUUAUUAAGAGUGUAUCAUAGAUGUAAUGUUUUAACUAGUACAAUUUAAUCUUUUUAAAUAAAUGAGUCCCAUUCUUUCAACAUCA